GCGUCUUCCCUUCUCCGGCUCAGGGCGAGCAGCAGCGGCGGCGACCAAUCACCAUGCCAUUACAGCCUUCAGAGGAAGCUGUUUAUGGGACUGCAGCGCUAAUUAGGCUCAUGAACUAACAAAUCUGCCUGCACGAACCCGGGCGAGGAAAACGAUCACAUCCAUGGAUUAGUCUGGGAGAAGCCGAGCGCUUUUUGUUGGGGCUUUGCGGACACUGCCCGCCUUUUCCUCCCCGAACUUAUUUACUGCGCAGAAAGUUUCCCCCUUUUCUUUGGGUGUGGAGUAUUUUUUAAGCGCGAGCGCCGCACGACAGCUUUCCACUUAAACUGGGGAACCUGGACUAUCAGACCAUGUUUCAACCUGCGCCCAAGAGGUGUUUCACCAUCGAGUCUUUAGUGGCGAAGGAUAAUCACGUACCGGCGUCCCGCACCGAGGAGCCCAUCAGGCCAGCGGCUCUCAGCUAUGCAAACUCCGGCCAGAUGAACCCCUUCCUCAACGGCUUUCACUCCGGCGGCAGGGGCGUCUACUCGAACCCGGACUUGGUGUUCGCCGAGGCGGUCUCUCAUCAGCAAAACUCCGCCGUCCCGGUGCACUCGGUGGCCCCGCCGCACGCUUUGGCCGCUCACCCGCUUUCAUCCUCGCACAGUCCGCACCCUCUUUUCGCCAGCCAGCAAAGGGACCCGUCGACGUUCUACCCCUGGUUAUUACACAGAUAUAGGUACUUGGGUCACAGAUUUCAAGGCAAUGAAACGAGUCCAGAGAGCUUCCUUUUGCACAACGCGCUGGCCAGAAAGCCCAAAAGAAUCCGGACAGCUUUUUCCCCUUCGCAACUCCUGCGGCUCGAACACGCGUUUGAGAAGAACCAUUACGUGGUGGGAGCAGAGAGGAAGCAGCUCGCGCACAGCCUUAGCCUCACAGAAACUCAGGUAAAAGUGUGGUUUCAGAACCGGAGGACGAAGUUCAAGCGGCAGAAGUUAGAGGAGGAGGGCUCGGAGUCUCAGCAGAAGAAGAAAGGAUCGCAUCACAUAAACCGGUGGAGGAUGGCAACUAAGCAGGGGAGCCCGGAGGAAAUCGAUGUCACCUCGGACGAUUAAAACAACUUUAAAAGAGAGACUAUAUAAGCGUCUGCGUGGAGGAGGACAUGGAUAACGGAGGGUGUAGAGACAGCGAGGGGGGGUAAAAAGCCAAUGUCACGUUUCAGAUCUCCGGAGAUCGGCAGCUGAGGGUGGGAGAAACCCGACAGGUGGCCCUGCUGUCACCGCGUGGGUCUGUCAAUCCAAAUGACCCGGGUCGAGUGUCUCAGUCCACCGACCUGAACCCUUCCACGCACCAACCACCACCACCACCACCACCUCCUCCCAUCCGCCACCACCUCAAUUGUUUCUCUCCAUUCCCAUUGGACGUUUGCACUUCAGAGUUUUUUUGUUUUGUUUUUGAACAAAAACGUUUCCACUCAAGAUACCAAAACACCGAACUGCUUUUGUAAAACUUGAAUUGCAUGGUAUAUAUUUUUUUGCCCCCCUGGUAGUUGUUUUUAAUUUCACGAGUUUUUCUCAAACCAAGAAAAAAACUAAUUUGCUUUCAACUCUUAUUUUCCAAAAGAGAUGUCGUGCUCCUUCCUUUUUUUACAAAGUGUGCAGUCUUUAAUUAAUGAUUCUCGUGUAAAAGUGAUUGUGAAAACAUAUGAAGUAGCGGUGCUGCGGUAAAGUGUUUUUCUUUUCUUUCUUUUUUUCUUUUUUUUUAAAUUACAAAAAUGGAAUUUCGAUUGAAAAAAAAAUCUAAAAAAUGAAUCAGACUACAGAUCAAGUACUUAAAAGGAAAGUAUCAGGACAUUCCUUUAACCCAAAGCUUUACUGAUGUGUCGCUGUGGCCCCACGCAGCCUUCUGUCAGGACUGACCCUCCAGUGAAUGCAACAAAUGAGCGUAAAAAAAACAACUUCAAGCACUGAGCUUAUUCCAUGUACAGAAAUGCUUAAAGUAAAUGUUUCUGUUAAACCCUCUUUUACAUAAUGUAAAUACGUUUUGUGUUUGUGUUAAGUUUGCUACAAUUUUAACACAAAGUAUACUUCCAAGAAGUAUGUAAUUGUCAAUAUUUUGUCAAUAAAGUUUUAUCAAUAUGUUG